AUGCUGAAAGAAUUCCAGAUCUCCCUCGUUAUUAUUCUGAUGUUUGCUGGUGGGUUCCUGUAUGAACUGACCUUGAAACGCAGCUGCUUCUUCUGCAUCCCUGCCUUCAAGAGUCUCGUGAAACUGGAGGACGUUUUGAGCCAUGGCAGGAGCAUCGUCUUUCUGGAGACCUCGGAUCGCCUGGAGCCUCCUCCCUUAGUUUCUUGCGCCGUUGAAUCUGCUUCCAGAAUCUACCGUGACCGGCCUGUGGUCUUCUUUCUGAAGGGGCUGAAUGGGAACUUAACCCACCUGCCCUCCAACUCCACCAACGCGGCAUUUUCUCUCCUGUCCGGAAUAAGGAAUGUCUUCCUUUUCCCUCUGGAUAUGAGAACUCUGUUCCAAGAGACCCCACUCUUUUCAUGGUACUCUCAGAUCAACCCUCGAACCCAAAAGAACUGGCUGUACGUCAGCUCGGAUGCCUCCAGGCUGGCCAUCAUCUGGAAGUUCGGCGGGAUCUACAUGGACACCGACGUCAUCUCCAUCCGCCCCAUCCCGGCCGAGAACUUCCUGGCCGGCCAGUCCUCGCGGCUCUCCAGCAACGGCGUGUUCGGCUUCGUCCGGCACCAUCCCUUCCUCUGGCAGUGCAUGGAGAACUUCGUGGAGAGGUACAACUCGGCCAUCUGGGGCCACCAGGGCCCCGCGCUGGUGACCCGGGUGCUGAGGCGGUGGUGCAAUCUCACCGAUUUCCAAGACGUGGUGGACCUCCGCUGCCGGAACCUCUCCUUCCUCCAUCCCCGGCGGUUCUAUCCCAUCUCCUACCCGCGGUGGAGACGCUACUACGAGGUCUGGGCCCAGCAGCCGGCCUUCAAUGACUCCUACGCCCUGCAUCUGUGGAAUUACAUGAACAAAGGGAAGAAGGAGGUGGCUCCGGGGAGUAACACGUUGGUGGAAAACCUGUACAGAAAGCACUGCCCCGGGACGUACGAGAACGUUAUUCGAGGCAGAGAGGAGAGGGAUGAGGGGAGGGGGCCGGUUGGGACAAAGAAUGGCUCAUGA